CUGGCAACCCUACAGCCAGCCAGGCGACCGCGUUUCUUUCUACUAUACCCCACGUCUCAUGAUAGAUGUUUAGAACUCAUCCGCGAAAUUUCAUUUUCAAGCUGAGGAUCGCAGGAAGAACUACAUUACCCAGAGGGCCUUGCGCAGGCGAAAUGAAAACUACAUUACCCGGAAGGCUUUGCGGGAAUUAAGCGCUGUCGUGGCGUUUGCGGGGUGAUCUAUACCGACCGAGAGUUCGUAAAGCUCCCCCACCCCUUCCCUUUCCCCUGUUGAGUGCCUGAACGCAGACUCCGAGUGUGCCCGUGUGUCACAGGAACAAAGCUUUAUUCCGUCUCCCCUUUUCCCCCCACGGCGCGGAAAGAUGAGGAGGGCCGGGCUAGGUGAAGGAGCUCCUACCAGCAAUUAUGGCUAUACCAACAGUGGAUACAGUGUAUAUGAGGAAGAAAAUGAAAAGUUAACUGAAAGUUUGCGUUCAAAAGUCACUGCUAUAAAAUCACUUUCCAUUGAAAUUGGAUCAGAGGUUAAACAGCAAAAUAAAAUACUAGCUGAAAUGGACAAUGAUUUUGAUUCAACGGGUGGAUUUCUGGGUGCAACGAUGGGUAGACUGAAAACUCUCUCCAGAGGAAGCCAGACAAAACUCUUAUGCUACAUGAUGCUGUUCUCACUGUUUGUCUUUUUUGUCAUCUAUUGGAUUAUUAAAUUGAGGUGAUGCAAAUUCUCUACUAUGAGAUUACUAGUGCCAUGUCGGACUCCUAGAAAAGUCUUUGUGACAAAUGAUAAACUGUUUGUAUGUAAACUGCAUUAAGUAUUAAUGCAUCUGGUUUCUCAAUGUUUAUCAGGCCACAAACAUUGCUAUUUCAAUGCCCUUAUUUUGUAGGGUUCUUAAAUAGAAUUCUGCUCAAGUUUGAGCACUUUGUAGAGACAAAAACAUAGAUACUUGGGGGGUGGGGUGAAGUGCAUACUACGAUUGAAGAGAAAAUUGCUUUUUAAAAAAGUGUCCAAAAGUGCGACUUCUACUUUCUACGUACCACUAUUAAUAAAAAGCAAUCUCGUUUGAUUAUGCUAAGAAAUUUUACUCAGUUUUUUUAAAAAAGAUGCGAUUGUGUCAAAGUUAUGUAUUGGUAGAUUUCAUUCUUUCAAUGGGAAAGUUAUGCAUGUGCUUAACUUUGGCAGGAUUGUGUCUGUAAUGGCAUGUUUAGUCUUGCAGUUAUAAUUUAUAUUAACUGGAACUGUUAAAAAGAAUGGUUGAGAAUUGCUAAUUUUUCAAUUUCUGAAGUUGCCUUUUGACUGUGGUUUUUUUUUUUGGGGGGGGGGGGCUGGAAUUCAGUAGAAUAGGCAAAUGGUCCAACCCACAUAGAAAUGGGCUUCUGUGUCUGGAUCCUCUUCCAGAUCUUCAUGGUUCUUGUGUCCCAGUUAUAGAAUCGCCAAGUUGGAACAGACCUCAUAAGUUAAUCAACCGCCUGCUGAUGCAAGAAACCUACUACUAUACCAUCCCUUGUAGGUGGUCAUAAUGACUCUGCUUAAAAACCUCUAAUGAAGGAGAGUCUGCCACCUUCCAAGAUAGUCCGUUUCACUGUCAAACAGUUUGUAGCAUCAGGAAGUUUUUUCUAAUGUUUAGUCUAAAUCCUUUUUCUGGUUGUUUGAAUCCAUUGGUUUGAGUCCUAUCUUUUGGAGCAACAGACAACAGUUUUGGUCCAUCAUCUAUGUGACAGCCCUUCGGAUAUUUGAAGAUGGCUAUCAUAUUGCUCUUAAUUGUCUCUUCUCCAGGCUGAGCUUCAUCCUUUCCUCAUAGCACAUGAGCUUCAGAUCCCUCAUCAUCUUAGCUGCCUUCCUUUGAACACAUUCUUGUUUGUCAAUAUCCUUUGUAAAUGGCCAGAACUGGACACUGACAAAAGAAGAGUAGUACCAUUUCUUCUUGCAAUCUGGAUACUAUACUUCUGUUGAUUCAGCCUAGAAUUACAUUUGUUGUUUUAAUCACAUCACACUGCUGACUCAUGUUUAUCUUGAACUCUCUUCUUUUUGAGUAUUUCUACUCAUCGGGUUGCAACAUGUUAAAAAACAAUUUUCUAAAGUCCAGGGUGCACACCUGAUUCAGUUUUAAUCCUUUAAUCCAUCUGUGUCAUGAGUCUGAAGUCAUUUCUUCCCUAUUGGUGAGGCUUAAGUCUAGGAUGGCUGAUUUUCCUUGGUCUUCGCUUCCGUCUACUGGUAGAUGAAAUUGCCAGGAAUUUAUUAGAACUUUCAUUCUUUGCAGACCUCAGGAGUGGCUCUCCAUGUGAGACAGAGCCACAGCAGCAUUGCUGUCUUUUACUGGGAGGAAGGAGGUGGUAUUGAGGUUGGUACUGCGUGGUGCACCAGCAGAGCUAAUCUAGUGCUCCUCCUUACCCUUCUUGCUGCUUUACCCCUCUUGGUAAGCAAUAGUGCUGCUGCUGCGGGGAGAUUAUUGUUGCAGCUUCCAUCCCACCAGCAGAGAAGCUCUUGGUAGAGGUUGACUACCAACAAAUGUUAGGAUAGCUGAUUUGUCCCAUUACUACAGCUCUCCUCUUUGAAAAUUGAGAAAUCUGAUCUAGGAAGAAAUCAUCCAAAUCUUCUGUCUGGGGUAGCAGUUCCUGCAUUUGGUUGCUGUUACUGGAUUGAAAUGGCAAGCUCUAUGUCAACAGAGCGGGGUUGGAACUGUCAGUUUCGACAGCGUUCUCUGAUAUAGUUCUCUGAUAUAUAAUAGUUCUGUGCUUCUCUUUGGGUUAGGCGAAAUAGUUGCAAAUCAAAAUAAUGCUGAACUAUUUAUGUUUUCAUUAGUUAAAUCAUGUUAAGUUAUAUAUAGUACUAUUGGUUAAUAUAUAGUACUAUUGGUUAAUAUAACACCGAGAGCCACUUUUGAAAAUAUAGAGCAGAGGUAUCAAAGGUUUUAUAUAUUAACAGACAUUGUGAUAUAAGAAAAUACUUAUUUUUUCUUAAUCAGAGUCUCUACAACAUUUGUUAGUAUGGCUUCAAGAGCUGUGAAUGGCUAACACUGCAAUCAUCUACACACUUUAGUGGAAGUAAGUCUCAUUGAACUCACUGGGACUGGCUUCUGAAUAAAUAUACAAAGGACUGCACUUUACAUUGCUAGUUGUAGCAUAGAUAGUGCCAUUUUUUUCUUGCAGUAUAAAACCAUCUUCUAGAGCAGUAGCCUUCAACCUUUUCAGACCUGGGACUUGCCUUUAAUCCAAAUGUGCAUUUGGGAACCCAUUUCUUUUUUACCAUUUAUUUGUAUAGUGGUAGUGCAGCUGUUGCAAUCCACCUUGGAUUAGGCCACGGCCCAAAAGUGUGUCUCACCCACCACUUUGAAGAAUAAUGCUCUAGAGUAGGGCACUCUGAUCAAGUUACAUUAAACCAAGAAAUAUUGUAGACGCACAUUCUAAUGCAGGCAUUUGCAAGCUUCAGAGAAGAAAGAGCACACAGAAGUAUUUGGAGAUGCUAGGAUGACUGGGCAUUUUUUGCUGAGAAGAAAUGCCAGAACUAACCAGCUCAGUAAGAAAUAUUUAAUGAAUAUGGAAAUUCUCUGCUCUAUUAGUUUGCUAUCUGGAACUACUUCAGGAUAAAUAAGGCUGCAGCAACAAAGUUUUCUAGCUGACUGUAUGGUCUCCCUGUCAGCCAGUUUUGUGAGACCCCUUUAAGGAAGCAAGGACUAGGAAAUCUCACUUUAGCAGGCUGCCAUUUCUGUAAAGGUUCAGAGAGGUCCAUCUUAACACAGUUCUAUCAUUUGAGAAAAAUGUAGUGUCUUUUGAAAGGGCUUUGUCUCGAAAGGCAGCCUAUAGAUGUUUUAAAUAAAUAAACUGUCCAAACUUCUGCUUGCCCAUUAGAUGAUUUCCAUCUAUAUAAUCUCAACAAACCUACUCUAGCAUUCUGAAAUUACCUGGAGCAGUGUAUUGUGGAACUGUAUGCGCUAGGGGCAUGCAGGCAGUGAAAUGUUACUGCGUAGUUUCUAGUGCAGAAAUGGUAGAAUAUACAUUGAGGGCCCUUGUGAUAGCCAGUUCAGUUGAAUAUGAUCUAUCUAAUUUGGGGUGUGAUCAGUCUGAGGAUCCCAUUAACAAGUGCUGAGGAAAGGGAUUAGAUCAUCAAGAUCUGCUAUGUCAUUAACUUCCAUGCUGCUGAUCUGCCAGAUUUUGAUGAAGUAGUGCUAAGUUGUCACUAUACUUAACAUUAUUUACAUGGGACCACAUUGGUAGGAGCAAGGAUAUCUUGAUGCAUUCAUAUGUAUUUACACUGAAGUGCUUUAGAAGUCCUUUCCAGAGAGAACGUUUAAUGUUUGUAUACAUAUAUUUAAAAUUAUGCAAAUAGAACAUGUCAUGAUGUGUACUUAACGUAAAAUAAAAAAGGCUGUAAUUAAA